AUGGGUCUCCUGGAGCUGGUGGCCUCAAACAUUGUUUCGCAAAGCGUUUGUUUGGUGAGUGACUUUGUGCUGCUAGGAAUCUUCAACUUCAUCAAGAAGAAAGUUCAGCAAAUGGCGUUUAGGAGACUGCUGGUUCUGGUGUUCGUCGGAGUUGCUGCUGUUGGGGCCGACUGUGGUCCAGAAGGAGGAGCGUUCCUGUGUCGGGACGUGUGCGGCAAGGAGGUGAGGGGCGCCGGCAGCUACGGGCGCCGCGUGACGUUCGUCGGGGCGACGCUGUUCCUGGACUGCGUCCGGCAAGCAGACUUGAAGGAGGUGAAGCUGUUGUCGCCGACGGUCUGCGUCGGGCGUCGAGCCGGCAUGGAUCGUGUCGUGACGCCUUGGAGGUGGUGCGAGGAAGUCGUGCCACCCGAGCCAGAGAUCUUGAUGGCGGCAGUUCCGCCGGUGGUUGACGAGCCUCGCCCAGUGGCGCCAACGGCCAACCUGGCGGUCAUCCAUGUGCCGGCGAGCAAAACGCCUUUCGUGGUUUGGGCGCCGCCCUCUAUGCAGCAAAGCGUCGUAGUGGCCCAAGAGGUGCCACAUGUCAUUAGGGCACCGUCGUCGACGCCGGAGGUGACGGUCAACAUCAAGCAUGGUGUUGCGCACGUUGAGGCGGACGUGGACCCGUGGACGGCAAUGGUCCUGGUCUUCAUGGGCCUUGGGGGAGCUGGAGCCACGUCUCUGGCUGUCUUUUUGGUCUGGCUGGUUAAGUUCAUCAGGAACAAGUCAUUGUACAUGAGGGAGUUGGUGCGCAUGCUGACGCCAGAGGAUCAGCAGGAUCCGGAAGCCCAACCAGUGGUAGAUCUGCUGGGGCUGGAAGAGACAGAUAAGCCCGUCGAAAACGUCGAGGAGGAAGAAGUGGUCCUUGAGGACACUAAUCCGUUUAAAGAGAUGUUGAACACGUAGUAUGUAAAAUCGCGUCAGAGAGAGUGCCAUUUUUGUACCAGCGUUUUUAUAUGGGUCUCUUGGCAAUAGAGAAAUUGUAAAAAGAA